ACUAGAGUUAACUCCGCCUCCUGGUUAAUUCACCUUCCUUACAAGGCUACAGUCAGGAGCUUUUCUCCCUCUCAAAAGCAGCAGCGCUACAUCUGACAAGCCGGAAAGCUCUGUGUAGACUGCAAGAAGAGUAGCACAGACUCCCUAGAGGAACCCGGUGUUAUGUAGCUUCAAGAGCUAAGGAUGGGAACUGAGAAUCUUUAUAGACUUUGCAUAUUGUAGGUCCAGGAGAUGGGGCAGAGGGGGAAAGAAACUGUCAGAUAAACUUGGGGUGGAAAUGCAUUGGAAAGAUUUAUCAACAUCUGUGUCAACUAGGCAGUUCAAAAGAAUAUUUGUUGCAAAGGCUGCAGUGUAGCAGGAUCACAGUGAAUCAUUCUCGUAACCAAGAGCUGUAGAUUCCUCUUGAGGCACCCCACUGGUGAAUUCCUCAUGACGGCUCCACCCUGCAUAUUUGGGACUAACUGAUGAAGAUGGAGGUAUUGCGCCGCUCUUCUGUCUUUGCAGCAGAGGUGAUGGAAGUCUUUGAUCGGUCUCCCACUGACAAGGAGCUUGUAUCUCAAGCAAAGGUACUCUGUAGAGACUAUAUUCAUUCCAGGCUGAUUCGGGCUGGAAUUGGCUGGAACAAGCCUGAAUACAGUGCACCUGCUCCUGGUGGCAAGUUAGCAGAGGUGUCGAACAUCCUCCUGAGAUUAGGUGAUGAACUGGAGUAUAUUAGGCCCAACCUUUACCGGAACAUUGCACGACAGCUAAACAUCUCCCUGCACUCAGAAACGGUGGUGACGGAUGCCUUCCUGGCAGUGGCAACUCAGAUCUUUGCUUCAGGCAUCACAUGGGGUAAGGUGGUAUCACUCUAUGCUGUGGCAGCUGGGUUGGCCGUGGACUGUGUUAGACAUGCCCAGCCAGCCAUGGUCCACACCAUCGUAGACUGCUUGGGGGAAUUUGUACGCAAGACCUUAGUGACGUGGCUUAAGAGGAGAGGAGGCUGGACAGACAUAACAAAGUGUGUGGUGAAUACUGAUCCUAAUCUUCGUACCCAUUGGCUUGUGGCUGCCAUCUGUAGCUUUGGACACUUCCUGAAGGCCAUCUUCUUUGUGCUCUUGCCAGAAAGAUGACAUCCAGUUGCCAAGUGAAGCCCAUCUCCUUCUUCGGGACCCAGGCAGCAUACAGAAGGGAAAGGAAUGAGAUGAGGGGAGGGUCAGGCAAAUAUACAUUCCUUUCCCAGCUGCCUAAAUGCAAGAACAUUUUUCAGCAAUGGGAAAAGUUUUGUCUGAGUCAUUUCUUGCAAUGCCCUUUGCACUGUGAAUGGCUAAGAUCUUACUUACAAGGGCAGAAGACAAAUGUGCAUGCUGCUCAGUUAUUUCCCUCCUCUAAACAGUGCCAUAUUUACACAUAAGAAAAGUAAAGAAUUUUAGCUGAAGCUGCCAACAAGAAGACCGUGCUCCUUUACUUGUAAAAUGGCCACUGUCUAGUGAUUUCUUUCAGGUGCCUAGUACAUCCUCCCACCUUCUCUGAACAUUGCCCUUGAGGCUGUGGAGGACGUCAGAAGUUAAGAGUCUUCAUGGCUAUACAACUCAAGGGUGAUCCACAAAAGGAUUGUGUAACAUGAACAGCGAACUGCCUACUAUAUCCUUAUAUGAAGGAUUAAAAUGCUUGGUUUUACUUAUGGAACAAAAUAACAGAACCCUGAGAUGCUAGUAUGCAGAAAUGGUUACAAUCCUCAAAAAAGUUCUCUUUCUCUCCCCCCAAGCUUGAGAAAUCUGAGGAUGAACUCCCUACGGGCGUUGUAUUUUGUGGGGAAAGAAGUGGCAUGUCUUGUAUCCACUGCCAUGUAUUUAUCAUGUACAACUGUUUAUUUUGUGGUAAACAAUAAAUGCUGAAUAUUUA